AUGUCGGCGACAGUCCUCCCUGCCUACUCACCCGAGACCUCAACUCCUCAGACAGUCACGGAUGAGAAGACAACAUCCACCUGCACAAUCCACACCCCCUCCCCAACCCCUCAACUCGACGCCCAACUCCACUCACCAAAGUACCGCGAAUACCUCCUCACCAUCAGCGAAGCCCUCGCGGACCUCGCCGACGCAGAAGAGCCCCACUGCACGAAAUGCUCCAUCGACACGGUGGCGUUGACGCUGACGGAGUUGUUGAAGGACGUCAAGGCGGAGAAGAAGAAUGGCGCGUGGAGCAAGGAGCAGGCGAAGGUGUUGAAGAAGGAGGGCAAGUUGUUGGGGAAGGCGGUCAAGGCGGACUGUGAGCGGGUUUGGAGGGAGGGGAAGGAGAAGAAGGAGAGGAGGGGGUGGUGGUGA